UCGUUAGUUCCAAUGAUGAAGGUUCUGUGGCCGAACAUGUACGCCGACACAAGUAUGGAGAGUUUCUGGGAACACGAGUGGACAAAACAUGGGACAUGUGCAUCAACUCUUCCUGCUACUGGUAGUGAGAUGCUGUACUUCAAAAAGGCACUCGCCCUGGCUGGAACCUAUGGCGCUUCACAACUAUUUUCGAACGAAGGCAUAAUUCCGAGUACAUCACGAACAUACACGCUGGAGGAAAUCGAGACUGCACUGUCUCACCAAUUAGGUGCCAGGGCCAAAGUAGAGUGUACCAAGGACGAGACAACAGGUAAAAUGAUGCUGUACGAGGUGGAGAUUUGUUUAGACAAACAAUUCAAUCCUGUCGACUGUUAUGAGCCAAAUGGAAGCAACGAUUAUCACAGUGACUGUCCCCACUCUGAUAUAGCCUACCCACCACUGGCAACUAGUGGAUUUGUCUCACCUAUCACAGGGUAG